AAUUAAUAUGCUAUACGAAUUUGAAAGCACUCUCUUUUAAGUUGAACACUUAGAAAAGUUUCCAAGUCUUGAAGAAUAGCCCUUUCUAUAUAAAUACAGAGCAAGAACCUUAUUACAAUAAUUAUUGCAAAAAACAUAAGACCCUUUGCAAUAAGCCAUUAUCCAUUACUAAUUAGGAGUAAAUUUUCUAGAUUGUGAAGAAAAUGGAGAAUGUAAUUUUUCAAUUUCUAUUCAAUCUAGCUAGAAAGAAUAUGGCUAAAUCACUAUAACUCUUUUCUUAGAUUGAAGACAUCGAAAAUUACUUGACUUAUAUUUAAUCAAUCUACAAUCAUUUAGGGUUCUUGGCAGUCAAUUUAGAUGAUAAUGAAACCGGAUUAGCCAUAUUGGCUAAAGCAGAACGAUUAGGGGAAUACUUGAUUGCCAAAGGAGACUUUGAAAAAAGACCCUUAAAAGUACAAGGAGGAUUUGAAAGAGCCUAAGAAUUUUACACAAUCACUUUGUUUUAUAUUGCAUAGGCAUAUACAAAACUUGGAAUCAAAGAUAAAGUAUUAAAGAAAUAUGAUAAAUUAGGCUGCUUACUAUUGUGGAUAGACAAUGUUGAGAUAAUUCAAAUCUAAAACUUACGAAUUAAGAGAUUUUGUUAUUAAUUGCAUAUCUUUAUCUGAGUAUUAUUCAGGUAUUUGGAACUUUGCCUAAGCUUUUUAUCUUCUCUUAGUUGGUGAGGCAGUCAUUCCAGAAGGAAAAAGAAAAAAGCUGUAUUUAUUUAUUGUAAUCUUAGUCGUGCCACUUUGCAAAUGGCUUAAGGGAAAGUAAUAGGAGAUAUGAUGUCAUAUUGUGUUGAUUGUAUUAAGAGUAAUUAAUAGAAUGACCCCAGUCUUUCUAAACUAUUUAAUAAAUAUAGCAUUACAUUUGAUGGUGUUAAUGUUAAAUAACUAGUAUCGCUUAUUUUUAUCACUUUAGGUAUUCUAACCAAGUAAAACAUUUGAUGAAAUUAAGUCCUUGUUUAGACAAUCUAAUACUUUAUAUAAAAAGGCAAUGACAAUAUUUGUAUUAGAUGGAUUUGUAACAGAACACAUUCAAAUGCUUAGUGAGAUCUCAAUUAUGUAUAAAGUUAUUAUGAGUCUUGAACCUGAUCCUAAUAAUGUGAUUGCCUAUUUAGAAAAAAGAUUAGAUGUGCUACUUCCUGUUUUUAAUGCCAUCAAUCCAAAAGCUUAUCAGAAUACAUAUGAAAAAUUAUUGGUUGAAAUUGCAGAAAUCAACAACGAAUUGUAUGAGUUUUUAGUUAAAUUUAAUGAAAUUGACGACUUCCAAGGAGGCAAAAAUAAAAAAUUAACUGAAAAAAUGAAUAAAGCAUGUCUCAAUACCAUAUAAUAUUAUGAAAAAAUUGUUGAAUAAUUGAAACUGCUUGAAGAGAAAUAGAGAGAUUAAGCAUAUUAUUCAUCCAUCACAACAGCUUAUUUCAACAUUGCUAAAGCAUAAUCAAAGUUCUUUUCGAAGGACAACAAAAUUAAAGUGUAAUAUUUAGUCAAUUCUCUAAAUUAAUAUAAACAAUUAGUUUAGUUUAUUAACCAAUAAAAUUAACAAAAUGAAUUUUAAGCUGUUUUACAGAUGUGCAAGGAGAUGAUUUAGAUCUUACCAUCUAAAAUUGAUAGAAUUAAUUAUAUGUGAG